CCGCCCCGGCCCCUGCGGGCGCCCCCUCCGGCGCUGGCGGGUCCGCACACAGCCCACCCGGGUGGCGGGAGGCGGCGGCUUCGGGCAGAUUUGAUUUUCCCGCAGCCCGGGCACCCAGGAGCCAGAGCCCAAGCCUGGGAAGUGGCGCUUGCAACCGCGUCUCAACCCCGCUGCCGCCCGCGCCGAGACCCAGCGAAAGGCGGCGCAGCCCAGGCGCUCCGGGCUCGGUGCUGCCCGCGCCCCGCCACCCCCGCCGCCCGCGCCCCAUCCGGCCCCUCCAGCCCCCCAGGCUCCUCUCCCGGUCUCCUGUAGCCCCUCUACCCCGGCCCAGGGCUGCACGCACGCCCCUCUCUCUGUUCCCCUCUCCACGACUCUGCGCGUCCCUCCCAGCACCCUCUCCCCGCGCCCCUCUCUGCCUCUCCCCGCUGCGCCCCAGCUUCCUGGGCUCUUUGCCCCUCCCGCUGGGCCCCUAGCCUCUUCGCGGCGUCACCCGAGCCCCCUCUUGGAUUCGCGGCCCCCGCUCCCUCCGCCCUCUUCCCUCUCUCACUUCCCACGCCCCCUCUUCGCGCUCCUCUCUCCUCCCCUUGCCGCCCAGCCCUGGCUCUGGAGUUGGGGGAGAGCCCAGGGCUCCAGCCGCUCUGGAGGAGGCGUGAAUCGCGCAGGGAUUGACUAAUUUGGGGUGGGGGUGCGGUGGGCGAUGGAGCAGCCCGAGGACAUGGCGUCGCUGAGCGAGUUCGACUCCUUGGCGGGCAGCAUCCCGGCCACCAAGGUGGAGAUCACCGUGUCCUGCAGGAACCUCUUGGACAAAGAUAUGUUUUCCAAGUCUGACCCACUGUGCGUCAUGUAUACUCAAGGGAUGGAGAAUAAGCAGUGGCGGGAGUUUGGGCGCACAGAAGUCAUUGACAACACACUCAAUCCCGACUUUGUGCGCAAGUUCAUUGUGGAUUAUUUCUUUGAGGAGAAGCAGAACCUCCGCUUUGACCUAUAUGAUGUUGACUCCAAGAGCCCUGAUUUAUCCAAACACGAUUUCCUGGGCCAGGCCUUCUGCACCCUUGGAGAGAUUGUGGGAUCCUCUGGGAGCCGCCUGGAGAAGCCCCUCACGAUAGGAGCGUUCAGCCUGAAUUCCAGGACAGGCAAACCCAUGCCAGCUGUGUCCAAUGGAAGUGGUCUUUGGAUGGAAAGUUUGAGAACCACUGGUCUGGAAGCCUCCGGUGGUGUCCCAGGGAAGAAAUGUGGCACCAUCAUCCUGUCGGCUGAGGAGCUCAGCAACUGUAGGGACGUCGCCACCAUGCAGUUCUGUGCCAACAAGCUGGACAAGAAAGAUUUCUUUGGGAAAUCUGACCCCUUCUUGGUGUUCUACAGAAGCAACGAGGAUGGAACGUUCACCAUUUGCCACAAGACCGAGGUCGUAAAGAACACCCUAAACCCAGUCUGGCAGACUUUCUCCAUCCCCGUGAGAGCCCUCUGCAAUGGGGAUUAUGAUAGGACCAUCAAAGUGGAGGUGUAUGACUGGGAUCGAGAUGGCAGCCAUGACUUCAUUGGGGAGUUCACCACCAGCUAUCGGGAGCUGGCCCGUGGGCAGAGCCAAUUUAACAUCUAUGAGGUGGUAAACCCGAAAAAGAAAAUGAAGAAAAAGAAAUACGUGAAUUCUGGCACAGUCACCCUGCUUUCCUUUGCUGUGGAGUCAGAGUGUACCUUCCUUGACUACAUCAAAGGAGGGACCCAGAUCAACUUCACCGUGGCCAUCGAUUUCACUGCCUCCAAUGGAAACCCCUCACAGUCCACGUCCCUGCACUACAUGAGCCCCUACCAGCUGAAUGCCUAUGCGCUGGCACUGACCGCCGUCGGGGAGAUCAUCCAGCACUAUGACAGCGACAAGAUGUUCCCUGCCCUUGGCUUUGGGGCCAAGCUACCCCCGGAUGGCAGGGUGUCCCACGAGUUCCCGCUGAACGGCAACCAGGAGAACCCCUCGUGCUGCGGCAUCGAUGGCAUCCUAGAGGCCUACCACCGCAGCCUGCGCACCGUGCAGCUCUACGGCCCCACCAACUUCGCCCCUGUGGUCACCCACGUGGCCAGGAAUGCGGCGGCCGUGCAGGAUGGCUCCCAGUACUCGGUGCUGCUCAUCAUCACGGAUGGGGUCAUCUCAGACAUGGCGCAGACCAAGGAGGCCAUCGUCAAUGCUGCCAAACUGCCCAUGUCCAUCAUCAUCGUCGGUGUGGGCCAGGCAGAGUUCGAUGCCAUGGUGGAGCUGGAUGGUGAUGACGUGCGGAUCUCCUCCCGGGGGAAGCUGGCCGAACGGGACAUUGUCCAGUUCGUGCCCUUCCGGGACUACGUGGACCGCACAGGCAACCAUGUGCUGAGCAUGGCCCGUCUGGCCCGUGACGUGCUGGCCGAGAUCCCUGACCAGCUGGUGUCCUACAUGAAGGCACAGGGCAUCCGCCCGCGCCCCCCGCCAGCAGCACCAGCACACUCACCCCCACAGUCCCCAGCCCACACUCCCCCUGCCUCCCCUCUGCAUACACACAUCUGAUCCUGGUCCACAGCAGGCAGGUGCUUGGGGCCUGGGGGAGCCCAUAGAAUGGUAGGCAGACUCCCCACAGAUGGCCUGCCUGGCCUUCAGGACAUCUAUGUGUCAGGGAGGCCGGCAGGGGGCCACUAGAGACCCCUGUUCAAUUUCCUGGCCCCACUUACUGCCCAAACCUAGGCAGUGGGGGAGGGUGAGUAGGGUUCUAGAUCCCAGCUCUUUUCUUCUCCAGCACCUGGCUGUAGCACAGCCAGGGUGGUGUUAAAAACAAUCAGGGCCCCUGGGGUCCCCUCUCCCCAGGCAACCCCUCUUUGCUUCCUUAUUAUCCUGAAGCCAGAACUCAGCCUCCUCCAGCCCCCUGGUCCCAUCCUCCAGUGGCAUCUGCUCCUAUCCCGAGCCCCCACGCAUUAUCCUGUACCCUAUUUCUUGUGACCCCUCCUAGGGACGUUGUAUGUAGUGGGAGCCCUGUGGAGCCUUGUUGGGGUGGGGAGCUGUGGAGGUGGACCGUAAGCCACAGGAUGGGCCUGAAAUGGGGGGUUUUCAGCACAGAGUCCUUCCUGGUGCCUCUCAAGCCCAGUGUGACAUUGGUUCUAGGUGCACAGAUCCCCAGGCACUUCCCCAGUUGACUUCUAGCUUCAGGCACCCAGUCCUCCCUCCUGGUGCCCCCGCCUCCGCCCUCCUGGAGGCCUCCAUGAUCCUGCUCUUUGCCCUCCAUCCCCUGGGGGUAGGAGAGAGGAGGCCUGGGUGUGAGCCUGCCUCCGCCUCUGCCGACUGUGGGAACCCGAGCCUUUCGGGCCUGUUUCCGCAGUUAUGGUGAGAGUUGGCCAGACGGUCCCAGGUUUUCCUUCAGCUCUGAUGUCCUGAGGGUCCACACAUCCAUGCCCAUUUGCCCCCUCCCACUCCUAACAAAUAUGACCCUAUACUCCAGGCCGUCUUGGCUCUAGGGUCACCCUGUCACAUCUGUCACCCUAAACACAUCUCAGUCCUUUAGUCUUGGGCUUGGUGUCAGAGCCGAGUUCCUGCUUCUGUGGGUUGGGUGGAAAGGGGCUCUGACGCUAGGCCUGCCCAGCCCUUGCCCACGCGGGGGCAGGUUACGCAUGCCAGUCCCUCUUGUGCAUGGGGCUUCUCAGCCCACUGGUCCCUCUGUGCCCAGGUGGCGCCCAGGCUCCACUUCCCUCUGUCAUGCAUGACGGUGGUGUUCCUACGGUGUCUGGUCCUGUGCCUGUCUCUGAGACAAUCUGUGUGAAAUUUGCCUUAAUCUGAAGUAAAUUUGGUUCUUUU